GGCUGUCGAAGCAACUUUUUGAACAGCCGACCCCAACCACAAGCUCAUAUUCUUCCAACCAUCCGCACCUCCAUCCGUCUUGCCUGGAAGCUCAAGCUCACGCUCCCUCGGCCCUCCGAUACGUCUUCUGCAUCCAGAUAUCUUCUGCCCGUCCCCCAACAUGCCAACUACCAACACAAUCGUUUUGGCCACUGUAGGCACACUUGCGACGGGAAUUUUAGGUGCGCCCUCGAAGCCUCAAAUGGUUGUUUGGAUGUAGUCUGUUUUUGCUAACACCGGCUGCAGGCUAGUGCGUCACCCCCAACGACACCGUUGGCCCCAAUCAUCCACCAUGAUGCGCGGCCGAGAUUUCCCUUCCGCAGUUGCGAUUACACAGGACAGCUAACAUCCCAAAGUGCCAUCUAUUUCGACCACCGACGGCGAACAGACCCCAACUUCCGAAAAUCGUUAAAGAAGGAGGUUAAAAAACAAGCUCGCGCCGCAAGAGAGCAAGCCGAACUGGACCAGAAGCGAGAGCGCGAGUUCGUCAAGAUCCGGGUGGCUGAGGCGAAGGAGGAUGGGUUUCCCCACGAUUCGGACGAGAAAGAGUCUUAUUUCAUGGUGGAAGUGGAGAAGGGAGAACGGCUACAGGCAGACGGUAAUAAGCAGUAUUGAUAGCUUCUUGGAUGGCAUAUGCUGAUUGGUUGUAGGCUCAAACUUCGAGGCGGCCCUUUGUUUCUAUAAGGCUCUGAAAGUUUACCCCUCCCCAGCCGACUUGAUCACCAUUUAUGACAAAACUGUAAGUCUAGUGGCACGGGCACUUUGGAUCAUUGACUGACGGACUAUAGGUAUCGAAACCGGUCCUCGAUUUGCUUGCCGAGAUGAUUGCUGCGGACGAAGAAUUGCAGGUUGGGCCAUUUGCAGGAUCCGCAUCAGACAGUGGCAUCGCUGGUGUACCACUCGAUUAAGAAAACUUUCGAGAACUAUUAGACACUCCCCUCUCUUGAAGUGACCGGGGGCGUGAUGGUAGAAACUGAUUGUCAUCUACUCCAUCGGCCACUUCUUCGAUUCUCCUUUCACGUCUGUACAAUUGUAAAUAUUAUGAGGGUAUGGGUCCAAAUGGAGAGGC